UCGUUAACCAUCAUGAACUCACCCUGGAAAGGCAAAGCAAAGGCCACGAACCAAGAUUAUGAUGACUUGCGACCAAUCAUAACUUACAGACACAUUCUAUCCAAUAACCUCGGUGUCAGAGAUCCCCUACGCGUCGUCGCCCUAUGCGACAGUGACGCCUUUUAUGCUGCCUGCGAACGCGUCCGACUUGGGCUUGACCCGAGCGUACCCAUUGUUGUACAACAAUGGGAGAGUCUAAUAGCAGUGAGCUAUCCUGCACGCGAAUUUGGCAUAUCCCGCAUGGAUAAGAUCAAGGACGCCAAGAAGAAAUGUCCCAAUUUACUUGCUGUGCAUGUCGCGACUUACAAGGAGGGCGAAAAGGAGCCUGGAUACUGGAAGGACGUCGAUACACGCACUCACAAGGUAUCCUUGGAUCUCUACCGACGUGAAAGUAACAAAAUUAUUACUAUGUUUAAGGAGGCUCUUCCUACCGGUGAAGUUGAGAAAGCCUCCAUUGACGAAGCUUUCAUAGACUUCACUCGUCCUGUGAGAGAAAAGCUACUUGAACGAUUUCCGUACCUUGCCCAAGUUCCCGCCGAUGCCCCAAAUGGGACAGACAGCCCGCUACCGCCUCCACCUCCGAUAAACUGGGAUGAUCUUGGAGUUGUUAUCCCGGUCUCAUUGUCAGAAGAAACUGAUAGUACUGGCGAAAAUUCUAACGUCGAAGUCAAUGGUGUUCCGACAUGGCAUGAUGUGGCGUUGUCAAUUGCCGCAGAGCUGAUGAGAAAGAUUCGCGAAGACAUCCACUCAAAGCUCGGCUAUACAACUUCUGCUGGGAUUGCUCGUAAUAAGUUCCUCGCGAAGCUUUGUGCCUCUUACAAGAAACCCAACAGUCAAAGUGUCCUCCGGAACGAGGCCAUUCCAAAUUAUCUGCAUCCCUUGGCCUUUCAAAAGAUUCGCUUCCUCGGUGGAAAGCUCGGCGACGCUCUAGCGAAGGAGUACGAUGUUUCAACUGUGGGUGACUUGUUAACGGUUUCACUGGACGAAAUCCAAAGCAAGUUCGGUGAGAAUGCGCUGUGGGUGUAUGAAUUUCUUCGUGGCAUUGAUCGCACCGAAGUCAAAGAAAAGUCUGCGCUGUUCAAGAGCAUGUUGGCGUCAAAAAACCUUCCGAAACCAAUAACCCAACCCUCGGAUGGACACCAAUGGAUCAGAGUCCUUGCUGCAGAGCUGGCGCUGCGACUCAAUGAUGCGAGAGAGUCGAUGCCGACGCUCUGGCCAAAGACUAUUGUGCUCCAUGCUCGCAAAGGAUACGAAACGUCGCGAUCUAAACAAGCCACAUUUCCUUUCGUCCGGAAUGUGACAGUAGAUGUGAUUGCGACGGCCGCGGAUAAACUUUGGAAAGAGCUUACCGGCGAUGCAAAGACCGUCAAUGUCACAUCAGUCCAGCUAGCAUUUACUGGCCUGGAGAAGGCCGAGAUGGGCCAAAAAAGCAUUGAGGGGUUCUUCGCAACUCGAGAUAACCAACAGCAACCAUCUCUCAAACGUUCGCGCGAAGAAGAUGGCACUCUGGUCUCGCUUGAGAAUACUAAUGCUCCACUCAAAUCUAGCGAUGCCGAGGCUGUUUCAUUCAACUGUUCCCGAUGUCGUAAGGCAAUCGCACUUCGAGAGGACCAAACAACAGGUGGUCCCAACGAAAUAGCACAGCGAUUGGCAACGUUACGAUCGGAACAUGACGACUUUCAUUUCGCACAGGACUUGGCAAACAGCGAUGACAGGUCGGUGCCUAUACCUCGCGGCUCAUCGUCGAAACGGAAGAAAGUGGAACCAAAGGGGAUUGCAAAGUUUUUCACCAAGAAGUAGGCUGAAGUAGGCAGCUUAAUGGCAUGAUUCAAUCGGGGAAAGUCAUGGAUGAUAUAUGUAUGAUAAUCACGCCUCUGGGAGCAAAUGAGUUAGAUCGGUGCAUGGACUGCACAGGUUCUCACACAGCUAUUCAGAGCGUGACCGCAUCCCGCGCCAUCAAAACCUUGCCGAGUACCGACACGGUUCAUAUGAGAAGAGAAAUGAAAUUUC